UAUAUUCCUUUCGUACAUGCAUUAGAUAAAUAUUUCCUUUCUUUCAUUUUUCUUUUUAUUUUUUUUUUAAACAUAAUCACGGCAUAAUGGAGGUAAAAAGCUUUAUCGCUAUCGAACGCUUUUUUUCUAUCAGGCAUUUACAAUCUUGACACAUCCAUUCAUUAAGGUGUGAAACAUGAAGUAAUCAUUUCAAAUACCGUUCAAUACUUUGCUAUACAUUUUUCAGGUCAGUAUUCUAUUUGAUAUUUUCUACUAACAUAAUAAUUCAAUAGAGAAAGAAACAUACACAUAAACAAAAGAACCUUUACAAUGACCGUUCGAAUUUUUUUCAUCCUUACGAUUUUUCAAUAUUUUGUUAACAAUGCUCUUGCCGUGAGUGGUUUGAUAUGGGAUAAAAGACAACAAAAUUUUGUGCAGUUAUAUUCUAUACCGAAAUUUGCAAUUUUACACGCGGAAGCACGCGCGAAAAAUCGACAAACAGAAUUGUAUCAUUUCGAUCGUAAACCCAUAAGAGUAACUUAUUAUGAGGUUUGUAUAUGUUAUUUAUAUAUCUCCAUGUUCUACGAAAAUGAUACCAAAAUUACAGGUUUAGCCGGUGAUUUAUGGACAACUCUUUCUGAUUAUUUAAAUUUUACAUUAAUACCAGUGAAAUGUCCGACUAUUUCAUUCGGUAAACUUUUACCAAACGGUUCUUACGAUGGAGUUAUGGGUAUGCUUCAACGAAAUGAAACUGACGUCAUUUUGCGAACCGGACAAUAUAAGUUUCAUAAAAAUAAUAUGGCUUUUACCGUGCCCAUUUACCGUACAGGCUCGAAUUUGAUUUAUCAAAUGACCAAUAGGAAAGUGAUACCACCGUUUUACAAUAUAACAGAUUUAUUUCAUAAAACAGAUUAUAUUAUCAUCGGUUUCUUUGGGUCAAUGAUUCAUGAAGAAUUCGAGGCUAGAAUAAAAAAACAAAUUACAGAUAAUCCUAAAUGGAACAAUCGCGUACAGUACGUGGCAGAGAAUCGGGAUUUAUUUACAAAAGUUUGCAAAACUAGAGACAAAUAUUCGAUAUUUGAAAUACAAGACAUGUAUAUAGUGGCGAGUAGAUACAUUUGUACUUUAAUUCCCGUAGGAAAGCUCUAUUUUCCAACGUGGAUUACUUUUGGGAUACAAAAAUAUCUUCCUUACAAACGUACGAUCGAUGUGGCGAUCAUCAAAAUGCAGGAAGUUGGAUUGGUCGACAGAUUAAAAGAUUCUUGGUUGUUUAUAAAGCUUGACAACAAGAUGAACAAUGAAUUUCAAAAGAUCGAUUUAAAUCAAAUAUAUGUAAUAUUUUCUAUUCUAUCGAUAGGAUUUAUAACAUCCUUUGUAGUACUUGCUAUAGAACAUGUCAUUUUUUAUUAUGAAUCAAAAAAAGCAACUAUUCAAGAUUUAUUCGGAUUCUCUUUAACAAUCGGUGGUGUAAUAUGGAACAAAAAUCUUGGUGCCUUUGUACCCAUAUUUAGCAUUAAUCGUUAUUGGAUGAUUCAUCAAGAAGAAUCAAAUAUAGUGUCUUACAGCGACAAUGAUACUAAGAUCAGUGGCCUUGCCGCGGAUAUAUGGAAUUUACUCGCUGAAUCUUUAAAUUUUACAUUGAAAACAAUACGUUCGGACGUAACAACUGUGGGUACUUUUACCAUUAAUGAAAAAGGUAUUAUUACUUAUCAAGGCUUGUUAGGUUUACUACAACAAAAUAAAACCGAUGUAGUACCGAAAAUAGGGAUGUAUCCUAAUCGAAUCGUUGCUGCUACAUUUACACCUGCUCUUUGGACUACACU